AAGUGUCAGGAUGGACCAAGCUGCCGGAAGCCGACGCUAGCGAGGGAGGUGUGAAGAGUUGGCCAGAAUGACCAACUCCUCCUCCACAUCCACCUCCUCCACCACCGGGGGCUCGCUGCUGCUGCUCUGCGAGGAAGAGGAGUCGUGGGCGGGCCGGCGCAUCCCGGUGUCACUCCUGUAUUCGGGCCUGGCCAUCGGGGGCACGCUGGCCAACGGCAUGGUCAUCUAUCUCGUGUCGUCCUUCCGAAAGCUGCAGACCACCAGCAACGCCUUCAUCGUGAACGGCUGCGCCGCCGACCUCAGCGUCUGCGCCCUCUGGAUGCCGCAAGAGGCGGUGCUCGGGCUCCUGCCCGCCGGCUCUGCGGAGCCCCCCGCGGACUGGGACGGCGCUGGAGGCAGCUACCGCUUGCUACGGGGUGGGCUGCUGGGCCUCGGACUCACGGUGUCCCUCCUCUCCCAUUGCCUCGUGGCCCUGAACCGCUACCUGCUCAUCACCCGGGCGCCCGCCACCUACCAGGCGCUGUACCAGAGGCGCCACACGGCGGGCAUGCUCGCGCUGUCCUGGGCGCUAGCCCUGGGCCUCGUGCUGCUGCUCCCGCCCUGGGCACCGCGGCCCGGCGCCACGCCACCGCGCGUCCACUACCCGGCGCUGCUGGCCGCCGCGGCUCUGCUGGCGCAGACGGCGCUGCUGCUGCACUGCUACCUGGGCAUCGUGCGCCGCGUGCGUGUCAGCGUCAAGCGGGUCAGCGUGCUCAACUUCCACCUGCUGCACCAGUUGCCGGGCUGCGCCGCCGCCGCCGCCGCCUUUCCCGGCGCCCAGCACGCGCCGGGCCCCGGUGGCGCCGCGCACCCGGCGCAGGCCCAGCCCCUGCCUCCCGCGCUGCACCCGCGGCGGGCACAGCGGCGUCUCAGCGGCCUGUCGGUGUUGCUGCUCUGCUGCGUCUUCCUGCUGGCCACGCAGCCGCUGGUGUGGGUGAGCCUGGCCAGCGGCUUCUCGCUGCCGGUGCCCUGGGGAGUGCAGGCGGCCAGCUGGCUCCUGUGCUGCGCCCUGUCAGCGCUCAACCCGCUGCUCUACACGUGGAGGAACGAGGAGUUCCGCCGCUCCGUGCGCUCAGUCCUGCCGGGCGUCGGCGACGCGGCAGCCGCUGCGGUUGCCGCCACGGCCGUGCCCGCAGUGUCCCAGGCGCAACUGGGCACCCGCGCCGCGGGCCAGCACUGGUAACCUAGCCGGGGCCCGAGGGAAGCGGAGAUCCCCGGCUUCCAACGUCCUUGGUCACCGUCGCCUCCUUCCCUCCUGAGGCAUCCCCUGCCAGAACGAAGACUCCCGCCGCGAAGCCCAGUAGAUCUGGGGAAAAUGUGGCCUUCGACCCCAGCGGGCUACCUGAACCAAGGCCUCUCCCUAAGUGGGACGCCCGACGUCAGUUUGGACGGCCACCUGAUUUUUACCCUUUGUUUCUGUGUUUUAGAGAGAUCCUAAAUCAAAACACCAGGGACUUCAAGAACUUGCAAACUGGCGUUUUAAAAUAACCGGUUAAUUUAUUUCGACAUAGUUUGUUUUUGAAAAAGAGCUUUCAUAAUGUAUAACCCUUCCCUCUUUCAUCGUCUUAUAUAUGAAGCGCCUCGAGUGUGCAUGAGCCAAAGGAAAUAACAUUGAAGAAGGAAAACAAUAUGUAGAAAGUAUUUUAGAAAAGUAACCUGUCUUUGAUGAUGCUUCUCUUAUCAUUUAGUUUUUGUAUAUUAACCUGGAGCAGUGAAGCCCUAGGUGUGCCCACCAGUAUGAGUUGCCAUUAAGACCUCAAGCCCUUUAUUCUUAAAAGGGUUUUUAAUAAAGUCUUUCUCAAAUGAGGUAGAAUCUUAGCCAGUGAGAAAAAAAAAUUAUUUUAUGCUCCUUUUGUUGCACUCCUGAGACUGAAAAUUGGCGUUGAGUGUUAAAGUGAAAAUUUUCCAGUUUGAUAAUUGAUGGUCGGAGUCAGCACUGGAAUUUUGAAAACAAAUAAGGUGAUUAUCUAUUUUAGGUACCAUUUCACAUUUUCUAUAGCAUGCACACUUGUUGCUACCCUCAUUUUGUAACCAAUUUAUUUGCCUUAUGAAUGUGAUUGCAGCUUUGAACAUUCUGUACUAUAAUGGUUGCUAAGAAGAAUAAGUCCUUCUGUUUUCUCUUUAACAUUUAAAAUAUCUCAAUGCACAUGAUAUAAUUAAACACUAAUAAUACCAUGACUGCAUAGCUAAUAUUAGCUGCUAUUGCAUGCUCCUAGAUGCUAGAACUUAUUGGGCAUGUGGUAUACUAAAGCGAUACCCGUUAGACAAGGACAUUUUACUUCUUCCAGACACCAGAAGAAAUGGCCUUCAAUUAUUUGAAAAGAGACACAGACACCUCUGGCUACCUAGAGUUUUUCCUGUCUUGACCCAAUUUUGAGAAAGCUCCCAGUUGGGACUUUAUCUCACAAAUGGAAUCACAGUCAGGAUGAAUCAGUAAUAUGGUUUGGCUCAGCAAAGCCAGCUGUGCUCUUUUAGGGUUUAAACAAGCCACACGUUAGAAAGCAACACUGUUUUUAUGUAGUUCAUAUAUAUUACCAUGACAUUUAACAUUAAUAUUGUGUAUGUUGAAGGAGGUAUAAUGAACUCAGUCAUAUAUAGUGAACAGUUCAAAUGAGAAAGUGUUCUAAAACAUAUUAUUUGAGAUUUGUCAUAUUCAUCUUUGGUUUACUAAAUUUACUUAGAAAUAUUUGAAAUGCAAAAUUGUGUGAAAUCACCUUAUCAAAUUAAAAUGGGAAGAAAGUAAUUUUAAUAAUCAUAUGUCAGCAUUCUGACUACUCACCACAUAAAAUCUGGGCCCAAACAGCCUCAGUUAACUGCACAAUUCAGGAACAAAACCAGCUUGCUUUGUUGCACGCCUGGGUAAUUUAAGCCAGGAUAUUAGGACCACUUGUUGUACAUUUGAAUAAUUAUAGAAGUUGGGACAUGUUAAGGAAAACAAAUAUGUUCAUCACCAACAAUCAGCUGUCAUUUUAUUAAUCUAUCCCUUUUGUGCAUGCACCAUUUCUCUCUUACUGAGGUUUCAUCUGUUCACAUUUUCCUUGAUUCAAAUAUUAAAGUUCAGA